AUGAGUAGUGAUACUAUUGCUGACAUAAUAACUUCUAUACGAAAUGCCGAUAUGUAUAGAAAAAGCGUGGUUCGAGUAGCAUCUACUAAUAUCAGCCAAAGUAUUGUUAAAAUACUUUUACGAGAGGGUUUUCUCGAAAAUGUGAGAAAACAUCGAGAGAACAACAAAUAUUUUUUGGUUUUAACCCUACGACAUAGAAGGAAUAGGAAAAGGACUUAUAGAAAUCUUUUAAAUUUAAAACGGAUAAGUCGGCCAGGUCUACGAAUCUAUUCUAACUAUCAAAGAAUUCCUAGAAUUUUAGGUGGGAUGGGGGUUGUAAUUCUUUCUACUUCUCGAGGUAUAAUGACAGACCGAGAGGCUCGACUAGAAAGAAUAGGCGGAGAAAUUUUGUGUUAUAUAUGGUAA